ACACAUGCCAAUCAGUUGCCUAACGUUGUGGUGGUGCUUCCCAGUCAGUCAGCCAGCUAGCUUCUCCUGUUAGCUGCUUAUCAGACACUAUCGACAAAGUAGGUUUUAGAAGUGUUCCUACAUUUAAUUGUGUAGAUUAGUGUACGUGUUUAACACAUUAUACGACCUGUGGCCUUGUCGUCUGACCAAAUAAACGAGGUGAGACUGCCUGAACACAAGAGUGCAGCUAGCCGGGGCUAUCAGUGCAGAGAUAACGCACGUUUUUUAUUUCUUUUAAAGUCUCUAGGAGGAGGAAUGAACCAUAAGAGUAAGAAGAGGAUCAAAGAGGCGAAGCGGAGCGCCAGACCCGAAUUAAAGGACUCAUUAGACUGGACUAAACACGACUAUCAUGAGACUUUCGACCUGUCACACAGCACCGUAAAGGUAACUGUCAGUUUAGCAUGGAAGCUAGGCUAACGCUAGCUACCCGCCGCUCCCGACAGGAGUGCUGCUGGUCACGUAGACACUCAAGAGCUGUACAGUCAAGUUUUGCUGCAUGUGUCUUUUUAAUUUCAUAUCUUUGAUACACAACAGUAUACUGUAACCGACUCUUCAUGAAGAGAAUAUGACCCAUAGAGGGGUUAUAUCUGAAGAUGCUGUUUGAAUGCCUCCUUUUUGAGUUUAAAGAACUUAUUUAUGACAUUCUUAGAGAAACAUCCCUGCUUUUAUGACACUUUCCCUCCUUUAGGCCAUUUAGUCUUUGUUAUUUACAUAAAAUUGUUUCUUAGUGUUUAUGUGGAAGAGCAGGUGCAUCUCAAAGAAUUAGGUCAUCGUGAAAAAUAUCAUUGUCUUCCAUUAUUUAUUUAACUGAUAUUUUUAGGGCCACAUGAAAGAAAAAAAGAACAUUUCUUUUUUGAUUGACUUAGAACGGGUUUCAGCUGAGAACUCUGCCAAUUUAAGAUAAUUAUGACUGUGUAAACAUACAAUCAAACCUCAAAUCGGCACACACACAGAAGAGAUUCUCAUGUUAACUUUAAUAUAAAUUUUUCAAUUUAAUAUAGAAUAUUUCAGUGGCUUGGAAAGAGUUUUUAAAGUUUCAAAGCUAAUGCAGUCAUCUAUCAGGAGAUUUUAGAGCACUUUAUCCCCCACAUGUUUACAGGGAUGCUGAUUUCCUUUUCCUGCUGGACCUUGCACUCAAAUUGACUUUGAUUAGACAAAGUCAAUUUGUCUAAUCUGAACUGUCACAGAGAAAUUUUGGGAUAGUUGUCACUAUCUAGACUAGACACUUAACACCUUGAGAUAAAUCUCAGAAUUAAUUGUAGCACUCACAAAAAAACAAACACCACAGGUUUUUCACCCCACUACACCACUUGAAAAUGCUUGGUUGAGGGCGUAUCCAGUGGCCUGUAUGAAAAGUAUGUAGAAAGAGAGCCUGUGUCACUAUUAACAUGGAGGCGUGACUGUUGUUUCAGGCAAACCUAAAGAGCCAAAAAUGUCUUUGAUGAACAGGUUGUGCAACCAAGUGUUACUGCCUACACUUUCUAAAACUAUCUAACUUUUUAUUCUAAAAUACAGAGUUGAGGAGUUGAUUAGUGGAUGGGAUUUUGGGGCAAAAGUGAGAUCAGUAGUUUUCACUGUAGAUGAGGUGUUAGAUGUUCCGACAUGGUCUGUGUGAGUGUGUCCUCGAGGUGUUAAAACGUGUUACCUGGCCUGCAUUCCUCUGCACAAGAAUGAUUGUUCAAACACUCCCACCUAUCCCCUAUUUGGUCACUUGAUGUCAGCUCCAGUAUGAGCUCCUUAGCUUUUGUUGUUACUCAAAGAUUAAGAUGUUGUGGUCUUGGAAACCCACAAGGUCUAGAAACUCCUCCAGAGAUAAGAAAAUUAAGUCAGAGUUUUGGAAACAGUAUGAAAUUCUCUUAAAGGGAUAUUCGAUGUUAUGGUGUGUUUCACCCUAAAUUAAUUUUACGCCGGAAUAUCCCUUUAAUCUGUCAAAAACACAAAAACAACAACAAGACAGUACUGCUUGUGACCACAUCUGUAUUUAUCUUCUUACAGGAUAAUGUUGAGCGUGUCGACACCCUCCACAUCUCUCCUGAAGUUUUCAUCCAGCGCUAUGAGCGGCCCUACAAACCUGUCGUCCUGCUAAACUGCCAAGAGACCUGGCCUGCGAGAGAAAAAUGGACUCUGGAGCGCCUCAAACGCAAAUACCGCAACCAGAAAUUCAAAUGUGGGGAGGACAACGACGGAUACUCAGUGAAGAUGAAAAUGAAGUACUAUGUGGAGUACCUGGAGAGCACCAAAGAUGACAGCCCACUAUACAUCUUUGACAGCAGCUACGGUGAACACGCCAAACGCAGGAAGCUUCUGGAGGACUACCAGGUGCCCCUUUUCUUCAGGGACGACCUGUUCCAGUUUGCAGGAGAGAAGCGCAGACCGCCCUACAGGUUUGGUUUUUUUAUUUUCACUUUUCAACCGAAGGUUUCAAGUGGAAUUUGACUGAACAACAUGGAAAACUGUUACCCUAUAAUUUUGUCAGAAUAAUUUGUCUGUUUAAGGAGUUUCCUGUUUAGGUGGGUCCAUACUAGUCAGUUCAUUAGUUGAAUUUAGUCCAAUUGAGUCAUUUCUAAACAUGCACAAUUUGUGCUGUUUUCUUGUGUAUUAUGAUGUAAAGAAGCAUCUAGAAGUUUUAAGUAAAAUAGUCAGUCUUUCUGAUGCCGCAUGACCAGCAAAGUGAAGCUGCUGCCGACAUCAAUUUCUAGACUGUGCCAUCAAAACAAGUGUAUAAAAGCAUUGCAAUAAAAUAGAUGAUACAGUAUAAAGAUAAGAAGAAGAUUAAAUUGAAGAAAAGCAUAGAGGCCAAUAAGGAAGAGAAGUGUUUGAAAUAAAAAAAAAGGCAGUGGUGGAGAACAGCUGGACAUCUAGAGGCAAAGCCUGAUAUUUCUCCUCAUGACGUCUGUCCUUUGGUCUCCCCUCAGGUGGUUUGUUAUGGGCCCGUCUCGCUCUGGCACAGGCAUCCACAUCGACCCGCUUGGCACCAGCGCCUGGAACGCCCUGGUUCAAGGACACAAGAGGUGGUGUCUGUUCCCUACGAACACUCCUCGAGAGCUGAUCAAGGUGACCAGAGAGGACGGGGGCAACCAGCAGGACGAGGCUAUCACCUGGUUCAAAGUGAUAUACCCCCGAACACAGCAGCCUAACUGGCCUCCAGAGUUUAAACCGCUGGAGAUCCUCCAAAGACCCGGAGAGACCGUUUUUGUUCCUGGUCAGUGAAGUCGCAUCAUUUCAUACAUCUGUAUCACCCUUUUGGAGUUUUACCAGAUUUUUCUCCUUUUGGAUUUUUUUUUUAAAAAUCACCGUCCUUUCUGCAAGUAAAGGUCCUGGGCCGACGUGAAUAUAGAACGCGAAAUUACGAAACAUUUGGAGGCGAAUUUUGAUGCGCCUGACUAUACACAUCAAACCCAAUGCGAUUUUGUGCUUUCCGGGGGGGGGGAAGUCUCAUCCUGGGGAAGACUUUUGCCGGGGAAAGUCCCGCCUCCUUCGCCUCUGAUUGGCUAGAAAAAGCUGGAAACGUCAUCACACGCUAAAGCCAAACGGUCAGCACUUGUAGCACUUAUAGCAGCACCAUUAGGUCUCGGUUGUUACCUUACAUUUAUGGAUUAUAGUUUAAUGUGCUUAUCUGGUACUGACCCCGACUCAGUACAUGCUAUCAUGACACACAGACAUCUAAACACUAGUGUCUAAUCAGAACUGAAAAACAGUCAGUCUGCUGUUGUGUCAGUCUAGUCUUCUCGCUUCCACCCAAGACGCGUCUUUUUCCCCUUGGAAAGUCGCAAAAUCGCAUCGGGCUUGAUGUGUAUAGUCAGGUGCGUCAAAAUCCCCCCCCCCUCCUCCGAAUAUUUCGUAAUUUCGUGUUCUAUAUUUGCGUUGGCCCCGGUGUGUAAGGACCUUAAUUCUGUCCCAUUCAACAUCCAUGUAUUUAAACAUUUACUCUCAUAUGAAGUGAAAAUAGACUCUGCAACACAGCAAUAGGCUGUGCAUUAAAAGUGAUCACAGAAUCUAUAUCAUCAUGUUCUUUAUUUAGCACACAGUAAUAGUCAGCUUUACAUUCAUGAUCAUAAUUGUGAUACCCAGGAGUAGAUAGUGAUGUUUAUGAUAAUACUCAGGUAUAUUUAAAUGAAGGAGAGCAGGAUUACUUUGACUUAAUUCAAGAGGACAGCACAAAAUAACAGCUGAUGACAACUACAUAUGCUCAGCCAAUGUUGGUACUUAGGAUUGGCUCAGGAUGGCUGUGGGUGGUUUGGGCCGACUCCGAGCAAAGAGAAAAUCUGAAUACACUCUCCUUUUUAAGAGCCAAGGGAUUUACCGCACAGCUGUGUUGUGUCACUGUUUGUAAAUAAUUUUGUGUAAAAUGUAGGCGAUGUGUGUUUAUCCUGGUGAAAAUAUUCACUCACGCAGAAAACAAACAGUUCCUCUCUGAGCAUCCACGCACUCAGCAGCGACUGGGGAGGUGUGGAGACGGUCCAGACAGCUCAGUGUUUCCGCUGUGACCUCAAUUCACUUAAUGCUGUGAGAGCUGACGGUGAAGAGGAUGGAUUAAAACCCAGGAAUUAGACCUCACCUGUCUGACUCAGCGGAGGCCGCAUGCACCUGAGAAGGAUGUAGAUGUUUUUGUUUCUUACCGUCUGUCCAUACAGAAUAAUCUGACUCACUGGGACAAACACAGAUGGGCUAGCACUGGGGAAAACAUCAGCCACGUGCCAACAGCAUUAACAUAUUUCUGCUCACACGAGUUUCAUUUUUCCUUCUGGUCUUAUACCCAGUAUUUUUAUGUUUUAAAGGGACUUAAAGUUUUCAUUAAACCAGAGCUGAGAACAGGCAGUGAUGAAACAACAGUCACAGUUGUAGAUGAUGACAAAACCAAACAGAGCGUUGUUUUCUGCCUGACGUUAUAAUAACCUCCUGCUGUUUGUCCACAGGUGGGUGGUGGCACGUGGUUCUCAACUUGGACACGACUAUCGCCGUCACUCAGAACUUUGCCAGCACGACUAACUUCCCCAUCGUUUGGCACAAAACUGUCAGAGGACGGCCCAAACUCUCCAGGAAGUGGUACCGGUAAGAGAUACACCUAUAGACAACAGAAUACGAGUUGAAGGGUUGGGUUACUGGUGACUGUUAGUUGCACAUACAUAUGAUUAAAUUUACACCACAUCUUAGAAAAGGACUGCUAAAGUACUGCCAAGAUGUAUCCAAUGUAAAGCGCUUUGAGGGUCUCUGAUAAAGCGCUAUAUGAAAUCUGAUGCAUUAUUAUUAUUAUUAAGUGGAGAACAUAAAAGGAAGAUAAAGCAGCAGAUACUGCACAAGUUUCCUAAGUGAGGUCAUUGUUACAGGGAGAAGAAUUAUUGGGAUAUUUUCCCCAGUAUCGUACAAGAGGCUGCUGCACACUGAAGAACUGAGACGAUAGAUCAGCCUUGAUUUAAUUUGUUUAACCUCCAUACUCACUAUUGUACCUAUUAUACGUACAACACAGCGCAGUGACAGUUGAGUCUUUUGUGUAAAGUCAGGAAUUUGAAAAAAAAACAUGAAUCCAAAAAUAGAAGCAGGAGAAACACUUUCUAUUUUGAGCAGAGAAAACAAGAUUCCUACAAAUCAGUCACAGCAGUUUGUUCAGACUGUGCUGUCUUUGUCCAUAAAAUCAAGUAAAAAAAAAAAAUGAAACUACAGCCAAAGUGUAAAAAUAUCCCCUGGGGUUUUCUAAUAAUGUUGCAACAUUAUUUUAAAUACAUGAUCCUUGUCUCAGAAACUGUUGUAUCUGUCUGGAUGUACACUGACAGGAUUCUGUGUGUGUUUGCUGUUUUAGUAUUUUAAAGCAGGAGAGGCCUGACCUGGCCGCGCUCGCAGACAAAGUCGACCUGCAGGAGUCGACCGGGAUCGCUUCAGACAGUUCCAGUGACUCUUCAUCAUCAUCCUCCUCCAGCUCGUCUGACUCAGAUUCUGAGGUACGUACCCAAACUCGCUCUAACACAGAAGUAGUAUUACACCCUCAUAUAACACAUCCAUGUAGGGAGGGAUUUCUCACACAACAAGAAAAACUAAAGAUCUGAGUUUUCUCUGAGUUAUUGAUCAGCUAAAUACAGAGCACAGAACCUACUGCAAAACAAGAAAUAAACAUGUGUUUAUAACACUGCAUAGUUUGGUCAAAUUUAUGAUUGCCAUCACAAUUUAAGAUCAAACAUUUUCUUACUCAUUUUUUUAUUAAUUAUUAAUUAUUAAAAAAAACCAAUAUGAUAUUGGCAUUAGAUAUCAGCUGUUAAAAACUGAUAUCAGUUGAUCACUAGAUUGUCAUCUAUGAAUUUUAGGGGAUAAAAUUAAAUAUGAAAUCCUAUUUUUAGAAAAAUAAUCAGGAUUUUCUUUAAAUCAACAGAUCCUCUCUAUUUUAUGUGUUUGUCUUUUUUUGAGCGUUUCUGGGGUGUCUGUCACUGAAGGGUCUGCAGAGUGGGACCAAGUCAAAAUUUAAAAGAUGAGGUGACACUGCUGUCUUUGUCCUCUGAUCUCUGUCUGUAGCAGACACAAACAUAAUUUAUGCAUCUCCAUGAGACGCCAAAAACACUUGAGGAAACUCGAUUAUUUUUGGAUCAGUGAACAGUCUGCUUUGAAGGAGCUGAAAUAGCAGAGAGACAAACACAGAGCAGGCACUUUGGCUGCUUUGAUACUGAUGACUUCUAAUGUAAAUUUGUGGUUUUUUUUUUUAAAGAUUUGGUGCUUUUUAUUACUGCCCAGUAUAGAAAUUAAAUAAUAUUGUAUUGUUUAAAAGCACAUGAUGUUUAAAUAAAAGCAACAAAGCAUUGUUUUUUUUACCUUCACACUUUAACAACCCCGGUCCCUUCAGUGUAUUUGUGGUUUGAAGUCGUGUCUAAACUUACUCCUUCCAUAAAUCAUCUCUGCCAGACUCACAGCCAUCCUUCUGAAGUUAACCAACAGGUGCCACCAUGUGACACAUAUCUGUAACAUAACACAUGUAGCAUGUUGUGACUGAGCGCUUGUACACUCUGUUUCCUGCAGGCGGGGUCGGGCUCCGAGGGGGACGCCAUGUCCCACCGCAGGAAGAAGAGGCGGACCUGUGGGAUGACGGCGAACGGAGACACCAGCGGUCAAGACGACUGUAUCAACAAGGAGAGGAGCUCGUCACGGUGACGUCCGGCUUCUAUCAAGUCUCCACACGGCUCCAGCAGUGACUCCUCCUCCUACAAACAAACAGCUGCUUCUAGUCCAGGUUAGGUAGAUGGUCCCUGAAUCAGAGACAAGUUUGCCGCCGCUGGUCAAAAGAGAGGUGUAUUCAAAGGAGGAGGAUCUGCUGGAGACCUGCCACCACUGUGCUUUUAACACGUUCUGUUUAUCUCUGUAGGUUGUGUAAUUCAAGGAAACAUGAAGAGAGAUUAUGACGAGUAACAAACUGGGGGAGGGUCGGGAACUGGGGACUUGUUGUGGUCUGUGAAAGUUCGUUUUUUUGUGCGUUUGUUGAGAAAUAGAGAGGUCUGACUUCAAAGACAGGGACAUAUUAAGCCACCAGAGGAGUUUAAAGAGAAAAGUUUGGCUCUUGUACUUUUAUGAUAUUCUCUCAAAAGUGUCAAAACAUAAGUGUGUGUUUUUUUUUUUUACAUAAAUGGCCAAAUAUCGGCACACUCAAUUCAUAUGAAACCCUUUUGAUUUAGAGGCAGCACUGGGGAAUAAAGGCCUGAUCCCACUAGAGGGUGUCACUGCAACUCAUCAAAAUAAUCCGUUUUCAAGAAAACAUCCCAUCUAAGAAAAAACUGAAGUUAUAACCAGGUGGCUAAUUUCCUUGUCAUUUAAAUUUAUGAGAAAGCAUUCUGAAAAUAGUCAAAUUUGACCAAAAUUGAUUCGCCAAACACAGGAUUGCAGUCUGCAGGUUAACCAUAUCAAAUUCAGAGUAAUUGGUGUGGCUAACAUUAGCAGCGCCAGCACCACCAGCCUUCAGUCUUUCUUGCAGGUUAAUGUCUGCAUGUUUGUGCUGGUUACAUAUCGCUUUGGCUCAUUUUCUAGUUGAAAGUAUAAUCAAACCGUGCUGCAUUAUGAGAUGCCGUCCGUCGUCUGUGCUUGUUUACAUUCUGGUAGUAGAGCGUUAUAGAAAAAUGAAGAGGACAUGAAAUCUUAAACGGCUCGGCAGUGGAAGGCUAUUUUUUAAAGGGACUUAAAGGAGGUCAAGAUACACUUUAUCGUGGAACCAUUUGAAUCACUUCCUGCGUUUUAAUCAGUGCCUCGUGUAUUUACUGUCACAUUACAGGUCUUACAAUUUAAUCUGUUUCCACCAUAAAAGUCUGAAGAGGAAAGGGUCACAGCGUUAUACUACUGUAUUGCACAAUGGAUGCAAAGUAUCUGGAUGAGGUUGUAGUAAGGCGCAUAAAUCUUUCAGUAACUCAUAAUUUACUAUCAAUUUUUUGAACUUGGGGAAAAAACAUUUUUAAGGGAAUAUUUUUGACUCAUAAAAUUACAUUGUUGUUCAGAAACACUUUCAACUCAUAAUGCGGUAUAACUUCUUCCUGUCAUCUGGGGGAGAGAACUUGGGGGUGGACUUGAUGGUUUCGUCUCUUUCAUAAAAGUUUCUGAGUACAUUUUUUGCUUUUUGUGGAAAUCUCUCCGGUUUUCACGCUGGUGUGAUCAGAUCUUGUUCCCUCCUGCUCUAAACGGUCCUUGCUGCCUUGUUGGAAUAUGUUUUAAUAUUUCUACCCUGACCUUUUGCGAAGAGCCGUGAUCAAUUGUUGGUCUUAUGUUGAUAUCCAACUCUCUCUGGUGGCUUCUCUUCUUGAACAGUUUGACUUUUUGUCUCAUCUCUCCUGUCUGCCUCUGCGAUUUAUCGUGUUUCACGUGGGAGUCAGAAGUGUCCCUUUCGUCAGCCAGCCUUACUGUCGGUGUAUCUCAGAGUGUGUGUGUGUGUGUCUGCCGUAGGUGUGUGUGACAGAGAAGAGUCUCUGCUCGUGUUGAUGGUGUUAUAACCGCAGCUCUGAUCUUCAGGGGGGAGCUGACCGUUCUGUGUUGCAGGACGUGACCUGCCCUGAGGUGCAGCAGGUUUGAGAAAUGCAGAGUCACGUUGAAUUUUAUACUUCAGUGAGGAUAUCUGACAGCAGAGGGCACUGUGUUCACCUGAACGCACUGCUGCAUCUGAAGCUCCAGUGAACAGAGGAGUUGAACAGGCAUUAAGAUUUCUUCAGGUUGUGCAUCUUAUUGCGCAGCCUGAUCUCUUCUUUAUUUCCCUCUUUCUUGAAGCCCUUAUUGAGACGAGUUAUUAAUUAUCCUGAUGAUGACACAUUCUGCUUGUUCAAUCGGAUAAAAACUCAAAUUAACAAGGAUUUGUGAUGAUGAUUCAUCUUCUGGUUAGAGCUGAGACAUGUGACAGAUUACUCUCAGCAACAGGGGUUAAAACAGAGAUUUUCAAAGUAAGAAAUGUGUCUCCAGCGACUUCAAUGUGACUUUUUUUUGUUUUGUUUUGUUUUGAUUCUCUGUCACAGUUUGCUGAAUCUGAAUGUGAGUUUUGGACUGUUGGUCAAACACAAAAGAAGCGAAAAGACGUCAUUCUGGACGUUUCAAACAGUGAAUCCAACUAAACUUCAAGAACAGACUUACCCAGACGGAUGCAAGGCUGAUGAGGGACUUUGAUUAUUUGAAACUGAGCAGUUUUAAUUGGGAAAAUAGCCGCGCAUACCCGUAAAUACUUUAAGAAGGGACGUUAAAAGAAAGCAUGCCAGUAGAGUUGUAGCAAUACCAGCGUUUUGAACCUUGAUAUCAAGCAGUUAAAAUUCAAGCAAUAUCGAUACCUGUUUCAAUACAAAGGCAAUAAAAAUGAACUCCUGAGCUCCCAAAACGGUUGAUUGGAUUUUCCAAUGCAGCGGUUAAACAUCAGUAUCUGUGGAUAUCUUUAUUGCCAGAUUUAAGCACUAUAUAUACAUAUCCGUCUCCUGUUGGCAUGAUGUCUUUAUCACAUUGAUGUAAAUCUGAAAAGUAAUUCCACCUUUACUGGAUUCAUAGUAGAUUUUUAACGUGCAGAGGAAGUCCCCCUCCUGGACAAAGUGAUUUAUUUUGAUAACCAAACGUGUGAAAGAAAAUGUGUGCAGAGUUGGUAGUAUUACAGAGUCUCUGUUGAAGGUCAUGCAGUUUAUAAAGCCUGUUUUAGAGACAUGAGGGGCGUUGAAGGAGAGACUAGAAUGAUUUGAGGCAUGCACCCACUCUUACAGCUCUUGGUCAUUUUAUGAACAUAAAUCAUCAUGAAUUUAGACAAGUGACAUUCCUGUCUCCCGCCUAUGCUUUCAACCCACCUAAAACUGCCAGAAAAACAACAGUGUGCAUCUUACAGUGAUGCAUAAAUGAAAUAAAAUGUCAGUAUUUGUUGACCUGUGAAUAAGGAGAGUGAGUGGAGUCGCAGCUGUGACAGAGGGCGGAGCGUAGACACACAGCAGCAAACUAAAUCUGGUACCCUCUGCCACAUUUGUGUUGACAAGUUCUUAGUGUAACCACUGCACACAAAAAAAAAAGAAAACCAACUGUUUUUUUUCCCCAUAAGCAUUUGUGUUUUUCAAUGCUAUCCAAAAACAAAGAUAUUGGAUAUUGCACGUGGUAUUAAAGGAAUCAAAACAUUGAAUUUUUUGACAACCUUACAAAUAGUACAACAAUUAAAUCAUCCAUAACAUCCGGGAAACACUUCUGCACCCAAACAUGGAAAAUUUGCAUGUUCACUUUAGACAAAUAUACAAAAGCAGCGUGAAAUAACAUCCAAUCUAUAAACAGUUUCACUUUAAAAACCUUUCCAUGUAGCAGAGGGCAUCUUUUCAGGCUGACCAACAGUAAAAAAAAAACAUGAAGAUUCAGUUGCUGUGACAGAAAAUGGAAAAUCUGCACUUUUAAACUAUGAAUAGUUAAUCCACACUCCUGGCUGAUUGUUCUCCUGCCUUGUUUUGGCUCAAGUCGAAGUUUUGUGCAGUUUUUCUAUAUCUUUGAUCUCUUCAAAUCAGCUGUGAAGCCGUGCAGAAAGAAGCCGUUUGAGCAUUUCAUGUGAGUCUGUUGCUUUAGACUAAAGUGCCUAUAAAGGUGUGAGGUGUGUUAGUCUGUCUGUCUGUCUGUAGGGGAGUUUGUGUUUCCGUGUUUUUAUCUGAUAUCAACGGCACGAUGUCGGUCUGUGAGGUCGGUCACAUGGUGCCUUCCGUCUCUGUCAUCCCCGCUUUGUCUCAGCUGAUUCGGGAUGAGCGUCAGGACAGACGCUGAUGCUGUUUCUGGUCUCCAGGUUGAUGUUGAUUUGAGGAGAGGAGACUGUUCUUUUUGUUGCUCAAUAAAACCUUUUUCUAUGACUCAAAA